AUGAAGUCGUCAAAUAUCAAUAAAUUCGGAAUGUUUAAAAUUAGGGAGUUCAACGAUGAGCAUACAUGUUCAUUGAAGGACAGGGUUUAUUCUCAACGACAAGCAACAAACAAUCUCAUUGGAGGGAUAAUUACAACGAAACUCGCAAAUCAUAAAAGAAAAUAUACACCAAGAGAUAUAAUGAAUGAUGUUAAAGUAGACUUUGGAGUUGAUGUAACCUACUCUUUGGCAUGGAGGGCUAAGGAAAAGUCCGUGGUUUCAUUGAGGGGGACACCAUCUGAUUCAUAUGAAAAAUUACCGAGCUACUUAUAUACAUUGGAUACAACAUACCCUGAUUCACAUAUAAGGAUGAAGAAAACAGAAGAGAAUGAGUUUUUGUAUUUAUUUAUUUCUCUCUUUCCAUUUAUAAAGGAUUUUGAGAGUUGUAAACCAAUUAUUGUAGUGGAUGGCAGCCACCUCAAAAGAACCUAUAAUGGAACUUUUGUGUCUGCAAGCAUGUUGGAUGGAGCAGAAAACAUGUGUGUUGUAUCCGAUAGGAACGAGAGCAUUAUAAAAUCAGUUUUGAGGGUAUACAAUGUUACUCCACAUUACGCUUGCAUAUGA